CGGCUCGGCCACUAGUGGUGAAGCAGUCCCCAGGUACCGUGACUUGGAUAGAGGCCCGAGCUUUAUUUUCUUUGCUGCGUUGGCUCCUCACCUUCGAUCAACGCCGGCACCUGUUGACCAACCCCUUCACUAUACCGUCACCUGUCCAACGCACAGGCUGGGAUACUAUAUUGCCUCUCAGAUGCCCAGCUUUCCAGAGCCUGCUGGCUCUUUCGCAGCGAGCUGGAGAAAACGCAAGCGUGAUCAUGAAGACAGCAACACCUUGAGUCGUCCAUCAUCCUUCAUCCCCUUUCGAGUAGACCGUGUCGAUUACGACGGCAACUGCCCGUUGCCCCUGUCCCGACACCCUACAGAAGGAAACGACCUCUCUUUCCGCCCCCGCUGUCUCCCUCGCAAACGCAGACAUCUCCAGCCUCCAUAUUUAGCUCUACCAACUCACCAACAAUCAUCUCUCCUCUCACCAAAUGUCUACGCCCCCGCGCAAGACCCCUACUCCCCUCCCGUCUCGCCAAAGACCAUCGUACCACUAGCCUACCCCUCAACAUCCCCCUCCGCCCUCCGACCAUGCCAUAUCUGCCACCGACGCCCGACAACACGACAAGUCCUUGAUGCGUAUGCAGAUUGUGAUCUCUGCGGUGAACGUGCAUGCUUCAUCUGUCUGCGCCAGUGCGAUGCUCUCCAUUGUCCGGGAUUUACCAACACGGGCUUCCCCGAUCAACACGAGCCAGACUUGUUCUCGUCGAAUGAGGACUUUGACGGUGCAGACAUGGGACGACGACGGAAAGUCUGUUCUGGCUGCGCCGUUGAGGGUCUUUCGGAGGUUGGGACUGAGAUUGUUCGAUGUCUUGAAUGCGUGCAAGGCCCCUCGGUGCCUGGUUGGACGCUAGAUGGGAUGAAUCAUGAGAUGAUGCGCGGAUAAGGCAUGAUCAUCUGCCAGAUUCAAGCGACCCGAACGAUGCAUAUAAAUGACCAUAUGAACCCUACGACCUUUUUCUCCUCUCUCUGCAUGGUGGACCGCCAACUAUCGCCUUGGUCUGUUCCUUGACGGCCAGGGGUUGAUGCCCACAACUACUGCUGGACCUACAUUUUACGCCUUUCUACUACCUAUCCCAUUUCGCCUCUUUGGGACUUUGACUUCUUGCCUAUAUUUUGUUCUUCAACUCAGCGAUACCAUUCAUGUUCGGGCAGUAUUUCUGCGGUUCUGCUUUUUCUCAAUUCUAUGGCAUGGCAUCAUGAUACCAACACAAACAUAAAUAGUUUACAAUUUAAUGACAAUUCUCCUAUGAGAUCAUUCAGGAAUGGCAUAUGCAAGAUCAUGAAUAUUGAAACAAUAUAGAUAAAUAAAACACCGCAUCAUCGAUGCAAAUAUGACAUGGUAUAACAGACACUCUAGGAAAUUCCACCAUGCAAUUCGAACAGAUUUUCAAGUACCCUUGGACUGGACCCCCAUCGCCCUCAACGACCAAACCGCAUCUGAGCUCCAGCAUAGUGCCACAACCCACGCAUGAACCCUUGAUACUCCACAGCCUCUCCGUACCCAGUCAUGCCGUGGUUACGAUCCCCAGUGCAAUACAUCUCCGUCAACCGAAUCUGCCAUGGCGGAUAGCCAUCCAGCUUCAAGAAGGGGCCGAACACCAACAAGAGAUCUGGCUCUGGCUUCAGUGUGCUGACGGUUCGGCCGCUGGCUUGUAGAGGCUGAGUGGUGAUUUCACUAAUCUCCGCAUCUACCAAUUCCGGUGUGAUAUCCUCCGGUGAUAACUUGCCGUUCUGUGCCAUUUCCGCCAAGGUCUUGGUCAAGUCGACGAUGGUUUCACGGCCAUCUGUGGAAGAGAGGAGGAGUAGAGUCAAGGAAGGGUUGUCGGACUUGGGGUUUGGCGCGGUGCCGUAGACUGGGUGGUGGGGGGCGAAGAGUUGGAGGGAUGGUUGUUGAGAGGGCGUACCGAAGUAGGAGGCCAAUUUGGUGGAGAUGAUCUGGUGUAGAGCUGGGAUGCAAGAUUUGAG